AUGGCUAAAUUCCGUGAACUAGAAGCUGAAUCUCCUCCUCAUCCUCCUCCUCUGCUGGCCAACAGAUACAUCAUUCAGCAGAGACUCGGCAGGGGAAGUUUCGGCACGGUGUAUCUCAUUGAAGACACAAAAACAAUAAUCAGAGACAAACUUAAAGUUCUGAAGGAGAUCCCAGUUGGGGAUUUGAAGCCGGACGAGACUGUGAAGGCCACACAGGAAGCUCAGCUCCUCUCGCAGCUCCACCAUCCAGCUAUCCUCAGAUUCUACACCAGCUUCCUGGAGAGAGAUGCUUUCUGCAUCAUCACCGAGUUCUGCGAGGACGGCGAUUUGGAGUGUAAGCUGGAGCAGUUGCGAGUCUCAGGAGAAGCUCUGUGCGAGUCUCAGAUCAGGGAGUGGCUCGUUCAGCUGCUGCUGGGGGUCGACUACAUGCAUGAGAGACGGAUUCUCCACAGAGACCUGAAAACCAAGAACGUGUUUCUGAAGAAGAAUAUUGUAAAGAUCGGUGAUUUUGGUGUAUCGUGCCUGCUGAUGGGGUCAUGUGACCUUGCCACUACAUUCACAGGAACACCGUACUAUAUGAGUCCUGAGGCUCUCGGUCAGCAGGGUUACGACUCCAAAUCAGAUGUGUGGUCUUUAGGCUGUAUCCUGUAUGAGAUGUGCUGUUUCAAACAUGCCUUUGAGGGACACAACUUCUUAUCUGUGGUGCAGAAGAUCAUGGAAAGUUCCACGCCAUCCCUGCCAGAGAAAUACUCACCAGAGCUCAACUCCUUAAUGCAGAGGAUGCUGGUUAAAUCCCCGUCCCUGAGGGUUUCUGCAGCUGAAGCUCUGAGUUCGCGUGUUAUUAAAGACCUCACUCAGUGUGUGAAGCAGCAGCUCUCAGAGGGGACGGCAAGAGACGACAGAAACGCGUCUCACAUCGCUAGCGUGCUGCAGAAGAAAGUGCACCUGCAUACGCUGAGGGAAAGGUCAGAGGUCGAGAAGAUGAGUCCCCGGGAGCGGAUGAGGUUGAGGAAGCAGGAGGUCGCGGAUGAGAGAGCCAAGAAGCUAAAACAUAUUGUGGAGGAGAAAUAUCAAGAAAAUCAGCAGCGCAUGAUGGAGCUCCGAUCCAAGAACUUCCAAAGAGUCAGCGUCAACGUUCUCACUGAGAACUCUGAGGACACAGUGAGACAAAUCCAGCCAAUCAGACGACAGAAUGGGACACUGAGCAGCCGUCCUGGACCAACGAGAGAGCAGAUCACUGAACACAACAUCCCUGAGGACCCUCAGGCUGCAGAAGUGUAUUACUCUGAAGACGGAUUCGAGUCAUGUUCAGAUGAAGAUUUCUGGCCUGAUGUUCCUACACAGAGUUUGUCCCUGUGUUCUCACUGGUUGCUGCUGAGGAAGACUGAGGAACCAGCUCAGGUUGAAGGUGACGGCGAUUCCGCCGAAGCUCAGCUCCCUGCUGUGUCUUGA